AGAGGGACUUCAGCGCUUGUGGUGCAUGCAUCAAAAUUCUCUAUCUCCGAACUCUAAGUACGACGAAACAAUCGCGCAAGGCGGAUAGUUUGAAAUUUACGCGUGUACUAUAGCGAGUACUAAUCCGAACGUAUAUUUUAAAGAAAAAUCGGUUAUAUUUCUCUGUAAGAAUAUAAGACUUGUAUUUCUUUUUUAAUUUCAAGUUGUGUGUAGUUCGUCGUGGUCGAAAAUAUGAGAAAAAGUUGCGGGAAGUUUUUUCUAAGAUGUCAACAAGCUUUAGUAUUUAUGCAAGAAAAUGACUGUUCCCAAAAGGAAGCAACCGAUCUAUAACAAAGUGAAAUUCAAAUAAAUCUACUCCAUUCCUUCGAUUGCCUUAGCGUUAGCAACCAAAGCAAUAACUUUUCCUAACCUAAAAAAUGUCGAAAUCAUUAAUUCUCAUAAUCGAUUUAGAUACUAUAAUGACCGAUUCUUCACAACCUAUUAAAUCGUUUCUAGUAUGACCCUUCUCGAGCACAACCCAUGAGAACCCCUUCCCCUUCACCCAAAUUACCCAAAAUGUUGUUACCAGAUAACCUGCUAAAGAUAAUAUUUAUACAGUUUUGCCUGUUGAUAACUUCAGUUCGUAGCGAAGGCCACGGACCACUCAACGGUCGCGUUUACUUUGCUAUAGCGGCUACACCGAGCGCUCAAAGUUUCUCUAGAGCAUUCAAUAAAACACUAAUGAACAUGACUUCGAAUUUUUUAUCGGGAAGAAGCGGGAAAGUCGGUUUCAAUAUAAGUUUGGAGACGAUCGUCAUCGACUUACCGGAAAAUGGUAGUUUCAGUGCUAUUUUGCUGGAAGGGGUGUGCGAGAAGUUGGAAGAAAAACGUGUCGUGGCGGUUUUGAUCAUUGGUCAUUCGCCGGCGGCGUUUACGGUUUCGGUAACAGCCAAGCAUGCGGGAAUUCCCGUCUUAUGGGCCAGAGGCCAUGCACAAGUUUUGCCGGGGCUUCAGAGUUUAGAUUCUAGUCCACUGGAAGUGCACUUGGCGCCGACCGGUCGCGAACUCGUCCAUGCGCUCCGAGGUCUCCUUCUACAAGCCCACUGGCACACUUUCACCCUUUUGGCUGCUGAUCAAGCGACAGCGACGGCGUUGCGACGUCCUGAACUUUGGCAGGCGCUCGAUUCGACGCCCCUGCACCCGAUGCUCGUCGCCCUACCGACGCCGAUAAGGCCUCAAACAUUGUUCAGGAAACUAGCUGAUUUAUCGAGGUCUUCCAGAGGCGUCGUUAUCCUCCUAAGUGACCGUAGUAGUUGUAUUAGAAUUCUCGAGGACGCUAAAAGACUUAAUAUGAUGGACGGUCAUUUUGUAUGGAUUUGGAUCGAUACCGCGGCAGUUAUCACUAUCAAAAACACCACAACUUUAGACGAAGAAAGAGAUGGUAGAGAUAAGGACGAUCGUCUUAAACGUAGUAUAGAUAACGAUAUAAGUGAUAUGCAUAUAAGUUAUUUGUUAAGAAAUGACCAGUUCCUUUUGUUAAAUAACCAAAAUUAUGGCGUAGAAAGUUCUAAAUCAACAAGGGAUGUUUAUCCUCAAAAGCCGCAAUAUUCAGGGGAUGAACUCCCACCCGGAUUACUUAGUGUUAAACCACUUUCGAUCAAAGUAGAUAGACAUUUAGUGAAAGGUGCAGUGCGUUUAUUGGUAUACACAUUCAAGCAAGUCUUGAACCAGACCCCUGAAUGGAUGCUGGACAACUUACUGAAUGGACAAAAUAAUGGCUGUUGGAAAAAUAGUGGACGAGAAAUAAGUUUUAUUAGUGAAUUUGCAAGAGAAUUGAAAUCAGCAUGUUCAAAGGCAUUAGCUGGCAUAAAAUUCACACAAGAAAUUGGCGUUGACAAAGUGGACAAAUCAUUAGUUGCAAACUUCGAAAUUCUGAAUUUAGUUCCCGAUACUAAUAUCUACACCAACAGAUCUGAACCAGAAAAUCCGUCUUCCCGGCAUAAUAUAAAAUGGAAACGUGUUGGUAUAGUAUCAGGUCGUGCGGUACGAUUGGAUACCAUAAUUUGGCCUGGUGGUGAUCUUUCGGUAGCCGCUGUUUCAUCUAGAGCGAGAACAGUCUUCAGAGUAGUUACAGCUUUAGCUCCUCCUUUCGUUAUGGAAAGUGAGCUUGAUGAAGAUGGACAGUGUCUUAGAGGUCUUCCAUGUCAUCGCGUUUUGACUUCGGACAAAGACAACCUCACUCUAGUUUUCAACGAAAUGCGGAGACUAGAGGAAGAGGAAGACGACGCACAAAACGACCAAUCGGAAUUUUCGGAUUACAAACAAUUCACCAGCGAUUACGGUGACGAUGACGAACAGUUUUUCCCUUUUCAAAAAUUCAAAUACAAGACAAACUGUUGCUAUGGACUUUCGAUGGAUCUUCUAGAAAACGUUGCUCAAGAAUUAGAAUUCGAUUUUAGGUUAUAUAUAGUUGCUGAUGGUCUCUUUGGUUCGAGGACAGUGCAAAUGAAUAAUAAAAGGUCCGAGAGGGAUGUUGGGAAGAAAUUUUUGAGUUAUAGGUUUAAAGACGGUCAUGUGAAAAGCGAACGAGUCAAAGAAUUAAAUGUAGACGAUGCUAAUAUAAAAUGGAACGGGAUUGUUGGCGAUUUAGUUUCAGGAGCGGCCCACAUGUCGUUCGCCGCCUUAAGUGUUUCGAGUGCAAGAAGUGAAGUGAUCGAUUUCAGCGUUCCUUAUUUUUUUAGCGGAGUCUCGUUUCUAGCGGCUCCUCAACAGAAAUCCGAAAUACCUUUGAUGGCUUUUUUGUUACCUUUUUCGCCAGAAUUGUGGAUCGCUAUUUUCACAAGUUUGAAUAUAACUGCAAUAGCAGUAGCAAUUUACGAGUGGUUAAGUCCUUUUGGGCUCAAUCCUUGGGGUAGACAACGAUCAAAAAACUUCAGCAUGUCUUCGGCGCUUUGGGUGAUGUGGGGACUUUUGUGCGGGCAUCUCGUUGCUUUUAAAGCGCCUAAAAGUUGGCCGAACAAGUUUUUAAUCAACGUAUGGGGUGGGUUUUCCGUGAUAUUCGUGGCGAGUUAUACCGCUAACAUUGCGGCGUUGAUAGCUGGAUUAUUUUUCCAUAAUACUGUCAGUAACUAUCAUGAUCGGAGUCUAUUGAGUCAAAAAGUGGGAGCUCCUAGAUCCUCAGCAGCCGAAUAUUAUGUACAAAGAGCGAACCAACUACUCUGGCAACACAUACAUAAAUAUUCUUUAGAAAACAUUGAAGAAGGCGUUAUAAAGCUUCGAAACGGUUCUUUGGAUAUAUUGAUUGCUGAUACACCGAUUUUGGAUUAUUAUAGGGCUACCGAUCAUGGUUGCAAGCUGCAAAAAAUCGGAGACAGCAUCAACGAAGAUACGUAUGCUAUUGGAAUGACAAAGGGGUUUCCUUUGAAAGAUAGUAUAUCUGCGGUAAUAGCCAAAUAUUCUAACAACGGCUAUAUGGAUAUACUGCAAGAAAAGUGGUACGGCGGUCUUCCGUGUUUCAAAUUAGCAACCGAAAUGGCACAACCUCGACCUUUGGGUGUGGCUGCAGUCACAGGUGUUUUCAUCCUCCUUGGAGUUGGUAUGGCUCUGGGUCUACUAAUCUUGUUAGUUGAACAUCUUUUCUUUCGAUACACCUUACCUAUUUUGAGGGAUAAACCCAAAGGAAGUAUUUGGCGAAGCAGAAAUAUCAUGUUCUUUAGCCAGAAGCUGUAUCGGUUCAUCAACUGCGUGGAAUUAGUUUCACCCCAUCACGCCGCUAGAGAAUUAGUCCACACCAUUAGACAAGGACAGAUAACCAGCCUGUUCCAGAAAAGUAUCAAAAGGAAGGAACACGAACAGCGGAGACGCAGGAAAAGUAAAGCUCAAUUUUUCGAAAUGAUACAAGAAAUUCGCAGCACCAUCCGUAGGCAACAACAAGAAGAAAGGGAGCCACCAUUAGAAUCUGUGACGGAAGUUGAUUCUGAGUACCAGUUGAGUCCCGAUGAGAAGAAAUCGAAGCUUAGUCCGAGUAUUAUCAAAAGAACAUUUCUAAGGAGUAGCCCUAAAGGUGAUAACGGCAAUAAAAUGAAAUCACCUACAACAUACCUUAGCAAACAACUUUUCAGUCCUCGUUCAAAAAAUAAAACAAAGAGUUCAUCAAAUUUGAACGUCCGUAGAUUUAGUAGCGACAGUGUCUUCAAUUCACACUCCUUGAAUAAUAAAGAUUACAGCACCGCGGUUGGUAGGAGACUAAGCAAAGACGCUUCAGCUUUUUUAUCGAGUUCUCCACCAGACAUCAACAGUCGUAGAUCCAGCUAUUUAGAUAUAAUAAGCUCGGGAAGUAAAUUAGCCGGAAAAAGUCCAAUUUUAUCGAUAGAAAACCUCUCAGAUUGUAGCAAGUAUUCAGAACCGAUGAGAAAGCUCUCAGAUUCGGAAAGUAUUGGAAAAAAGUUAGCCACUUUACCUAGAUAUCAAGAAUCCGUCGACAAGCAUCGUUUGUUACAGCCGCAACAUAGUUUGACAUUGGGUAAGAGUGAUGAAACUUUGAGUAAAAGUUUGAUACCCGAAAAUGUAACACAGGCUAGAAGUUAUAAUAAUGUGUCACAAACCGGCGUCAACGAAAAAAAUAACUUGUCUGAUGAUGAAAUUGCUAGAAGGAAUAAAAAAACCAUCGAUCAGUUACAGAGUGUAAUCGUUAAUAAACCUAGACCACCGCUCAAACGAAGUACGGACAAUAAUCCAAAACAAAACGCCAAUCCACAAAUAAGAAUUCAAGUAGAAGAUACCUCUAAAAAUGAAGCCAGCCACCCUCCUCUCGUCAGAAAAUCGAAAACAAGACAUCAAAGUUUUAGUGACUCGACAGGGUUAACCGAAACGAGCAAGCGUAACAAGCUAACAGAACAAUCUAAAUCCUUAGAUAGUGGUAAUCCAGUUACAUCCGACAGAAAAAAACCUCGACAGAGGUCAAAAUCUAGAGAAGACGAUCUACCACCCGCUCCCCCACCUCCCAAUUGUUCUCCAAGAAAUUCCAAUGGUCGAUCUCCUCUGGAGCGCUUGUCAAAAGACGAAUUGGUUUUGCUGUGGAGAAGUUCCGAGUCGGAGCUUAGAAGUCAUUUAUUGAAAGCGCUGCGCGACAAAGAAGAACCGAUAAAAGAACCGUCUUGAAGGGAGUAAAGAGGAAAUCUUACUUUCUGUGACUUAAAAGCCAAUUUUGGCAGACAAUUUGGAAAAGCUCUGCGUUUUUUUAUGAUCAUCGACCACUAUUAUCAGCAUGUUUUAAAACGAGUCAUAAAAAUUUUUAGAAAAAAAAAUAUAAAAAUUUCUCGAAAGUCGUUUAAUCUUUAGGCACGGAGAAGUACGAUGGUGCCUAAGAAUGACUAAACGGCCUUAUAGAAUUGUAGAGUGAUAUAAGAAUUGACCACUAAGUGUUAUUAGAAGCCUUUAGUCUAAGCGCUUAGGAUACAUUUUACUGCACUUUAUAAGGAAUAAAAAUUUUUAAAAGUCAAUAUUUAUUUCUUCACCUGCGUCGAGGUACCGUACCACGUCCGUAUUUGUGGUAGAUUUCAUCAAUUAUAAUCCAAUAAUAAGUAGUUCAAGACGUUUUGGUCAAAUCCAUAGCACAACAUGUUUUAGUAUCUAUUUGGUAACCCAUCUACAACAAUGAAACUGACAUGUUUCCGAUUUCCAAACGCAUUCGAUGAAUUUUCCAUGAACUAUUCAGAUUAAAAUUUAGUUUAAAAGUCUGGAAAUUUAGUAGAGUCUCUGAUCUCGACCGAUUUCUCGGUUUACAACGUUUUCCUUUCAUUUCAUCUACGUCCGGUUUGUCGAUUCCGUUUAGAUGCGAGAAUGUUAAACCCUUCCCUUAGGAAACGGAAACACCACAAUAACUCUUAUCAUCAAUUAUUUCACUUUGAGGUAAUUAUUUGUAGUAUUUGGAAUACUAGUUUUCAUAAAGUUAAGUGAAAUGUGGAAGAUAUGAGAGAUUUUAUUUGGUUAAAAGCUUUAAAUUCUAUACCAUGGCUCUAAAAUAAUUUUUAUCUUAUUCUUUUAUAACACUGGUUAACACUGUUUUUGUCACACGAACUUUGUGAUUAUUCUUAUUUGUUUUGAUGUACCCUUAUUCGAAAAAGAAUAUUAUUUUGUUUUUUUGUUUUAGCCACAUCCAGUUUUUAUGUGACAGUUAUAUAUUCUUUUCUGACCUCAUUCACGUAUUUUUGUUUGAGUAACUUAAUUUAGAAAGUGUUCUGAUAACCCGGACAGUUUUUGUUAUGCGUGUGUAAAGUGAACUUUUACUUCUCAGCGUCAAAAUUCACGCCAAUAAUUGGAAAGUACUGUUUAAACUAUUUUCGUUUUCCGGUGGGCCAUCAAUAUAAAUCCUGGGUUCAACAUAUAUAUUGUUUAAUGAGUGUGAGACGUCUAUUUGGUUGGGCUAAACAAGAAAAUAGAGAUUUGCGUUUUGGUAUACAAAUUUGAAAUAUUUGAACGAAACCCAAAGAUCAUGUAAUUGAUUGUUAUUUUUGUUUGAUUUAAACAGAAGGCGGCACAAUCAAGUCCAGUACUCAAAUUUGUCAUCGGCCAACAGAUAAAUAAUACAUAGUGCCGAACUGCCUGUGCCAAAUCAAGCAGAAAGUUUCUGUUUCUAGUCCCGAAUUUAUUCUUGGUCAACUCGAUAAGGUAUCCCAAGUUAUGAGCCUUCAACUUCAGAAGAACCGCAUUUAUUGAUACGAAGUUAUUUAAAGAAUUUAGUACGUGAUUUGUCUAAAAAAAUGAUCCUUUAGUGACAACAUACCGUUGCCUUUAAAACUCGGCAUGAUGAAAAAUUUUGUGAAAGCUCUCUCUAAAGAUGGCAGUAGAUUCUUAUACUUGAUAGAGAAAUUUCCCAGACUCAACGAGGUAAAAAUUGAAGAAGGAAUAUUUAUUGUUCCACAAAUACAGAAACUAAUGAAGGAUAGAAAAUUUGAAGGAAAGCUGAAUGAUCUGGAAAUGCUUUGUGAAUGUUGUUCAAAAUUUCCUAGGAAAGGAAUCGAAAAAUUACAAGGAAAAAAAGUCGAGGAAUGCUAGUAGAUUACUGUUAACCACUUAAA